AUGGCACGUCUGUCGGGUCUCCAGCGUGAGGUACUGUCUCUAUACCGCAAAUGUCUUCGUGAAACACGAAAGAAGCCUGCUGAUGUGAGGCCGAACUUCCUUCAAUUUACUCGAUCGGAAUUUCGCGAGCAUCUGGACUACGACAAGAAGGACUUUGGUGCCAUAGAAUACAUGCUUCGGAAGGGUCAACGUCAACUGGAAAUAUACUCUUCGCCAGGUAUCCGCAAUGUCAUGAAGUAA